AUGGCUGGCACCACGCUAGCAAUGCGUUCCAUGGCCUCUUCGUCCAUCAUGCGGCUGUCGUCCGUGUCGCGCCGCACCAUCGCGACCACCUCCGCCCAGGCCCUGCGCCCGAAGCCGCUUCGAUCCAAUGGCCUGUCUAUCGCACGCGCUGCUCGCCGCGGCUAUGCUGAUGCUGCUCCGUCGCCGGCUCCCAAGCCCAAGAAGCGUUUCCGCGCUCUGCGCUGGGCCUGGCGUCUGACCUGGCUGAGCGCUCUCGGUCUGACUGGUGCUACGGUCUACAGCAUCUACGAGCUGCGUCAUCCCGAGGAGCAGUACGAGCCUGAUCCGACAAAGAAGACCCUGGUCAUCCUUGGUACCGGCUGGGGUUCCGUCUCCCUAUUGAAGAAGCUCGACACUGAGAACUAUAACGUCGUCGUCGUCUCACCCCGCAACUACUUCCUGUUCACUCCCCUGCUGCCCUCAUGUACUACCGGUCUGAUCGAGCACCGCUCGAUCAUGGAGCCCAUCCGUAACAUCCUGCGCCAGAAGAAGGCCACCGUCAAGUUCUACGAAGCCGAAGCCACCAAGAUCGACUACGAGAAGCGCGUCGUCUGCAUCAGCGAUGAUUCCGAGAUCAAGGGUGACAUUUCGCACACCGAGGUUCCCUUCGACAUGCUUGUGAUCGGCGUUGGUGCCGAGAACGCGACUUUUGGUAUCCAGGGUGUCCGCGAGCACUCGUGCUUCCUGAAGGAGGUCACCGAUGCUCAGAACAUUCGUAAGCGUAUUAUGGACUGUGUCGAGACCGCUAUGUUCAAGGAUCAGACGGAAGACGAGGUCAAGCGCCUGCUGCACAUGGUUGUGGUUGGUGGUGGCCCCACUGGUGUCGAAUUCGCCGGUGAGCUGCAGGAUUUCUUCAACGAUGAUCUGAAGAAGUGGAUUCCCGAGAUCAAGGACAACUUCCACGUUACUCUCGUCGAGGCUCUUCCCAACGUUCUGCCCAUGUUCUCCAAGCAACUGAUUGACUACACCGAAUCGACCUUCAAGGAGGAGGAGAUCACCAUCCGCACCAAGACUAUGGUCAAGAAGGUGACCGACAAGUACAUUGAGGCCGAGAUUACCAACCCCGAUGGAAGCAAGUCUCUGGAGACUAUCCCUUACGGUCUGUUGGUCUGGGCUACCGGUAACGCCGUGCGCCCCGUUGUCCGCGACCUGAUGAGCCAGCUCCCCGCCCAGAAGGACUCCCGCCGCGGUCUUGCUGUGAACGAGUACCUGGUUGUCAACGGCACUGAGAACGUCUGGGCCGUCGGUGACUGUGCUAUCACCAACUAUGCCCCUACCGCUCAGGUUGCCGGUCAGGAGGGUGCUUUCCUGGCUCGCCUCUUCAACACCGUGGCCAAGACUGACGCCAUUGAGAAGGAGCUUCAGACCUUGUCCAACGAGCAGGCCCUGGCCAAGACUGAUGAGGACCGCAACCGUGUCUUUGAUGAGAUCCGUGAGCGCCAGAAGCAGCUGCGGAGAACUAAGCAGAUUGGUCCCUUCCAGUACUCCCACCAGGGUAGUUUGGCCUACAUUGGCAAGGAGCGUGCCGUUGCCGAUAUCAGCUGGCUGAGCGGCAACAUUGCCAGUGGUGGCACCCUGACCUACCUCUUCUGGCGCAGUGCCUAUCUGAGCAUGUGCUUCAGCUCCCGCAACCGUGUUCUCGUCGCUGUCGACUGGAUCAAGGCCCGUCUCUUCGGCCGUGACGUCUCCCGCGAGUAA